CAACGGCCGCAAUAGAAGAAGAAAUAUAUUCAAUCGUGAGCGAAAUCUAUAUAUAAAACUUUGUCGCUUUAGCGCCACGAAGAUUAUAACUGCCCGAUGCGCAUUUUCUUUUAUGUAUCUGCAAUAUGGCAUUCAAUUCCCGAAUGAACCAGCACGGGCAUGGGGGCCAUCAACAGCAGGGUGGUGGUCGGAGCAAGAAGAAGGAAGACGAUAGUGAUGCGCUGAUGCGACUUCCAGACAGGGAAAUCGCAGGGUGUAUAAACGAUAUUGGUGUCCCGUUCUCCGUCGCCGACCUGGUUAAGCCGAAUCCGCAACAGAUCCAAUUAGUCUUCGAAUCGUUCGCCGAGCUACUAAUGAAUGCGACCCGAGAGACUGUCGAGCCGGCUAUGCGCGCAGCUGCGGAGGAUAUAUGUCCAGACCAUGUCGAUCUCAUCCCGCCCGACACUCGCAAUCUGAUGGGGUUCUUCAUGUCCCUGCGGAAGCUGAUGGUUGAGUGCGGUGUCAACGACUUUGCCUUUACCGAUCUUACAAAACCUACACACGACCGUCUUGUCAAAAUAUUCUCUUACCUUAUUAAUUUUGUCCGGUUUCGCGAAACGCAAACGAGCGUGAUUGACAAGCAUUUUAGUAAAUCCGAAACGACCAAGGCACGCAUUGAGGCUUUAUAUGCGGAGAACCAGGAAAUGCAACAGCGACUAGCGGAGAUGAGCAGGCAGCAAAAAGCGAUGGAAGGACCCGUGAACGAAAAGAUUAAAAGGAAUGAUGAAUUAAAAAUCAGAUUGUUGGAGUUGAGGCGGAGUCAAGAGCGUGUUGCUGAAACCCUCGAGCGAGUUAAGAUGGAGAAGGCCCGAAAACAAACCUAUCUCGAGGAGAUGACUGAGAAAAUCUUGAAGAGCAAACAGGAGAGUGAGAAGUUACGGCCAUACGUAUUACAAAGCCCAGCAUCGCUUCAGGCGUCUCUAACCGAGUUGUCGGACAGUCUAACGAGGGACAAACUGCAGAUUGAUAAUAUGGAAAGGAGGAUGCGUGCGUUACAGACAUCAAUGGACACAUUUAAUGUUGUUUCCAAUGAUGUCCAAAGUUGUGUAAAAGUUUUAGAAGACAUUGCGUUAGAACUCCAGAAGGAGGAGGAAGAAGAUGCUCGAGCCAUUCGGAACAGAGACGCGCUCACAGAGCGGGGAAAUACAGUCCGGGAAGUGGCCCAAACGGAGAAACUUCUACAAAGACAACUAGCUCGUUGGCACGAACGGACGGAAGCGCUAAGGAGAAGUAGCCGAGAGAAACAGGAAUCAGCACAGGCGCGGAUGGAGGAGCUGAGGGAAAUUCAGAAGCAGCUUCGCGAGGAACGUGCCGAGAAGCAGCGCGACAUGGAAAGGCGGAGGAUUCGGAUCGAGCAAACAGAGAAGAAGAUGGUCGACCUCAAAGAAAAUAUCGAGAAUGAAAUUCACAACGCCCACGACGAGUACUUGAAGUUAGAGUCCCACAUCAAGCUUUACAUCACGGAAAUGGAAAAAUGUCUUUGAGAAUUGAUUGUCGGUUCAAAUUGGGCUCGGGUUUUAGGAGUUAGGACUUGGGUGUUCGAUCGAGCGGUUAGGCGUGCCUUUUUUUUUUUUUUUUUUCUUUUUCCAGGAUACCCUUAUGGUUUCAAGGUUGAUUUGGUAUUGUUUUCCCGGUUCUGGUUUGGGGGCUUUCUUGCAUAAACUUGGGGAACUUGGGGCAGGUUCCAUAAUUCAAGGAGGAUUCCUUCUCGUCUUUGUAAAUACUUUGUUCACUCAAACAAAAUAAAACCAUCUUCUCGCAACUUGAUUCACUUUCACAGUCCG